GCUUGUGCGUGGCCAUCAUAUGCGGAUCCCUCUGGCUGGUGGUUGCGACAUACCUGAUCAAAUAAGACGCCUUCGCAGACCGAUGGGAAGAUGGAGGAUCUCCCGAUCGUCGUUGUUAUCUGCAGGGUUCUCUUCCUUCAGCGGUUCAGCCUCUCUCAUCCUGGUUGCCGUCGAACGCUCUUGCAGCCACGGUCGAUCAUCAGAUGCUAAGUGAACGGCGACGUACCCGCAGCGGUGCCGGUAGUUUGGCCCGAGAAGGACGCCGGUGUCAGUGACCACAUGGAUGCCUUGGACAGCCUUGUUGUUCAGGCAGUCGCCAAAGCUAGCCCUGACAAUAUUCCUGUCUGUUAUUAUUGCCCUGAUCGAUCUGCGGAUACUAUUGGACUGGAGCACAGGCCUUGCUCAGGCACUGCGAUUACCCUCCCCAUGGAGUCCACGAUGCACGUUGUCCGCCCCAACGUGGAGAAGAAACGACUUUCCCGUUCCGAGGCAGAUCCCGCGAGCUCGUCGCCUGGUUCGCUCAACAGGACCGCAAUCAUCGCUACCCCUGGGAGAUCCAGUCUGCGCGAUGCGACGCCCAACGCGAAUCGGUUUCUAUGAUCCUGGUCGUGCCAUCUACUUAGUCGAUACGACCAUCUAUACGACGUACUACAUACGAUCAUACCAUACAAGCCUGGCAGGGGACUGCCCGUACGGCCGAGUAAUCGAGCAGGGGCCAUCAAUAAUAUGUGCCAUAUUAUUAUGGCUUGACCGUUUUCCACGUGGGCCUGUCAGAUACCCGUCGCCAAGACUGUCAUCAGGGGAGGGGAAACACGGACUGGCGUCAGGGCCAUAGCGGGUGCUCCGUGCCACGGAGUAAUUAUCCUCCUCCACCAUCUCCAUUUCUCCCCUGACCGCCUCAGGCUCCCCUGCACAAGAAGAUCAUAUCUGCUAACUCAAUGCUGCUACUGUUACUACAUGAUUUACUCAAUUAGG